AUACUAUAUAGUUUAAGGAUGAAUUCCUUAAUUUGAAGGUAUUUGAAUACGUUGAAACGGAUGCUCGCUUGGUGUGAUGGUGAACCUUGGAUUAAAAGUACGGAGGCCUACAGGGACAUGCAAAUUGCACGCAGUAAACAUAUAAGAAUAAGCACAAAGGUUUCCCUGUUGGAUAACAAGCAAUAUCAGGCGGCAUCAAAAUUCGAGCAGCCGUGGUGUCCAGAAUACGAAACACUUAUGAAGGACUUCGCUCUCACAUGUCCGUCUGAGAAGCCUGGACAACGUCCUUACAAAAUUUCAGAUUACAUCUCACUCAAACCGAAAGGUUUAAAUAAUGCGAUGAUGGCCGUUGCACAGGCCCAUUUCAUAAUGUUGCCUGUAUUAUAUCCGCAAAAAAUUGGCAUGCAUUUCGUAACAGAUGAAGAUUUAGAUGCCUUUUGCCAUAUGUGGAAAUGCUACGGAUAUUUUCUCGGAAUUGAAGAUGAGUACAAUUUUUGCAAUGGCAACUUGAAGGAAAUAAAACAACGAUUGCGGGAUUUAUCUCAACAUUGGACAAUACAAAAUUUUAAGGAAAUCCAACCUGAAUACGUGCACGUAACAAAAUGUAUGAUAGAAGCUCUAAAUUACUACAUAUAUAUCCCUUAUAAGUCGUUUACGCUAUUUUUAACGGAAACAUUAAACUUAAACAUGCCUAAUUUAUAUGCGUCCCUCAGUUAUGCAGAGUGGAUUGCCUAUAUUGCUUUUAGAUUUUUAUUACAUCAUGCGUUGAAGUUCUCAAGUGUGAGAUCAUUUGUUAAUAAAUUGAUGUGCAAAAUGCUUGAAGCAGCGUUAAAUAUCGACUCGAAGAAGUUAGCGGAGCUACACGAGAAAUCAAAACGACAGUUAUCAGAUUUUGAUAUUAAUUUAUAAAAUAUUUAAGUUAUGUAAUAUAUAUAUAUAAUAUGUACGUAAUAUGUAUAUAAUAUAAAAUGUAUAUUAUACGGGAUGUUUGGAGCAUACCAUGCGUCACACAUUUGUAGAUUAGUUACACCAGCAUAAGUAAUGAUAGAACACAUGAGAAAAAAAGAAGAGGAUUAUAUAAAAAAAAAUACUUGUAAUUACUUGCGAGGAAAUAACGUAUAAAAAAGAGUGCUGUAUUUGGUAGCCUGUAAUUUGAUUGGAAAUAGCGCGUGAUUAGCAAGACGUCAAACGCUUCGGAACAGUUUAUAGAUACUAUCUUAAAAAAGCGGCAGACUUUAAUGUACGAAGGACAUAGUCCGAUGUGAAGAAAUCAUGUGGUCAUGAUAUGCAAUCUAUCGAAGUUUGUUUGAAAUUUGCAGAAAAUGCAGCGUAUAUGCGCCGAUACUGAACUUCCGAGCAACUUCGAUGAUUGGACAGUGCAAGAACAAAGUGACUG